CAGCCGCAUCCUUUAUAUGCCCAACAAACAGAUAGUCUAUCAAUGAAGUAGUAAAAGGAGGGAACGUCCGUGGUGGAGAAGAAGGUUUUGGUGCGAGGUUGUUGCUUUGGUUGGGUUCCCUGCUUUUGCUUACUGAAUUCCAGAGGUGACCAAUACACAGAAGGCUAAGAAGAUGAAGUUUAUCAUCGGCAUUGGAGGAGUGACCAACGGUGGGAAGACCACUUUGACAAAUAGACUGCUAAAGACAUUACCUAACUGUUGUGUGGUACAUCAGGAUGACUUUUUCAAGAAACCCGAUCAAAUAGAAGUCGGGGAGGACGGCUUUAGACAGUGGGAUGUGAUCAGUGCUCUGGACAUGGAGGCGAUGGUCAACACGGUGAAAGGCUGGCAGGAGAACCCAGUCAAGUUCGCCCGUUCACACGGCGUCAGCCUGUCGCCUGAAGCUGAGGAAUCCAACUCGGAGGAGAAUGGGAUCCAUAUUCUUAUCGUAGAAGGGUUCCUCAUCUACAACUACAAGCCACUCAUCGAGAUCUACGACAAGUGUUUCUACGUUUCCAUCCCCUACGAGGAAUGCAAACGGAGGAGGAGUACAAGAACAUACACAGUCCCCGAUCCCCCAGGCCUGUUCGACGGCCACGUCUGGCCCAUGUACCUGAAACACAGGAAGGAGAUGGACAACAACUGCAGCAGGAUAGAGUACCUUGAUGGGACGACGACGAAGGACGACAUCUACAACAAAGUAUUUGAAAGUGUCCAAAACUCUCUGCUGAACAGCUUAUAGCAGGAUGGGCUGAUGGGUUGUGAAUAGACUUGUAAAUAUAAUUUUGUGUAACACCAGAUCUGUACUUCGAGCCUGAUGUGUAAAUAGACAAUUAUGAAACUUAGGGAUGAACAGCAGACGUGUUGUGUUUUGUAUAAUCCUGUGUAACUUUUUCUUUUGUAAAAUCAUAAGACACCUCUGGAGCGGCCAGUGUUUAACACCAGGAACUAAUGUGAAAGUGAAAAAAAUGCCCUUUGAGAAGGAAAAAAUACAAAAAAGACAUGUGUCUCGCAACUCAAAGAAACAACUGAAUCCAC